GCCAAUUGUGCGUUACUAUUGGUUACUGGUAGCCGCUUCCCACGGCUUUCCAGUCAAUAGAAUAUGCCGAGGCGAAGACUAGUGUGCGGCGUGGCGAACACGGCUCCCGCCCCCUUGGGCGGGACAGCAGUGGGGGUUGGGCUGAGGAGGGCGUGGCCUGUGAUUGACAGCCGUCGCUCCCUCCCUCGGCCACUUCCCCCACUAGAAGCCCCCGCCUGGGCGCCUGCGCCCCCGUCCCCGGCCCAAAGCCCGCCGCCCGUUGGAGGCCAUUGGCUGGCCUUUGCGCACCGCGGGUCGAUUUUCCAGGUGCGGAGUUCACUCUCGCCGCGGUUGCUGCGUUUGGGACCCGCGGCGCCCGGCAGCCAGGCGCAGAGUCCGAGGAGGGGGCAGCGCAGAGCGGAUCCGACGCGGCGCCGCCGGGCACCUUCCCCGCAGGCGGUGACCUUUUGCUCUGAGCCGGAUCAGAGAAGAAUUCGGUGUCCCCGCGGGACGAUGCCUGAGCAGAAGAGACAGAUCACAGCCAGAGAAGGGGCCAGUCGGAAAAUCUUAUCUAAGCUUUCUUUGCCUACCCGUGCCUGGGAACCAGCAAUGAAGAAGAGUUUUGCUUUUGACAAUGUUGGCUACGAAGGUGGUCUGGAUGGCCUGGGCCCUUCUUCUCAGGUGGCCACCAGCACAGUCAGGAUCUUGGGCAUGGCUUGCCAGUCAUGUGUGAAGUCCAUUGAGGACAGGAUUUCCAAUUUGAAAGGCAUCGUCAGCAUGAAGGUUUCCUUGGAACAAGGCAGUGCCACUGUGAAAUAUGUGCCAUCGGUUGUGAGCCUGCAACAGGUUUGCCAUCAAAUUGGGGACAUGGGCUUCGAGGCCAGUAUUGCAGAAGGAAAGGCAGCCUCCUGGCCCUCAAGGUCCUUGCCUGCCCAGGAGGCUGUGGUCAAGCUCCGGGUGGAGGGCAUGACCUGCCAGUCCUGUGUCAGCUCCAUUGAAGGCAAGGUCCGGAAACUGCAAGGAGUAGUGAGAGUCAAAGUCUCACUCAGCAACCAAGAGGCUGUCAUCACUUAUCAGCCUUAUCUCAUUCAGCCGGAAGACCUCAGGGACCAUGUAAAUGACAUGGGAUUUGAAGCUGCCAUCAAGAACAAAGUGGCUCCCUUAAGCCUGGGACCAAUUGAUAUUGAGCGGUUACAAAGCACUAACCCAAAGAGACCUUUAUCUUCUGCUAACCAGAAUUUUAAUAAUUCUGAGACCUUGGGGCACCAAGGAAGCCAUGUGGUCACCCUCCAACUGAGAAUAGACGGAAUGCAUUGUAAAUCUUGCGUCUUGAAUAUUGAAGAAAAUAUUGGCCAGCUCCUAGGGGUUCAAAGUAUUCAAGUGUCCUUGGAGAACAAAACUGCCCAAGUACAGUAUGACCCUUCUUGUACCAGCCCAGUGGCUCUGCAGAGGGCUAUCGAGGCACUUCCACCUGGGAACUUUAAAGUUUCUCUUCCUGAUGGAGCCGAAGGGAGUGGGACAGAUCACAGGUCUUCCAGUUCUCAUUCCCCUGGCUCCUACCCGAGAAACCAGGUCCAGGGCACAUGCAGUACCACUCUGAUUGCCAUUGCCGGCAUGACCUGUGCAUCCUGUGUCCAUUCCAUUGAAGGCGUGAUCUCCCAACUGGAAGGGGUGCAGCAAAUAUCGGUGUCUUUGGCCAAAGGGACUGCAACAGUUCUUUAUAAUCCCUCUGUAAUUAGCCCAGAAGAACUCAGAGCUGCUAUAGAAGACAUGGGAUUUGAGGCUUCAGUCGUUUCUGAAAGCUGUUCUACUAACCCUCUUGGAAACCACAAUGCUGGGAAUUCCGUGGUGCAAACUACAGGUGGUACACCUACAUCUGUGCAGGAAGUGGCUCCUCACGCUGGGAGGCUCCCUACAAACCAUGCCCCGGACAUCUUGGCAAAUUCCCCACAAUCAACCAGAGCAGUGGCACCGCAGAAGUGUUUCUUACAGAUCAAAGGCAUGACCUGUGCGUCCUGUGUGUCUAACAUAGAAAGGAAUCUGCAGAAAGAAGCUGGUGUUCUCUCCGUGUUGGUUGCCUUGAUGGCAGGAAAGGCAGAAGUCAAGUAUGACCCAGAAGUCAUCCAGCCGCUCGAGAUAGCUCAGUUCAUCCAGGACCUGGGCUUUGAGGCAGCAGUCAUGGAGGACUACGCAGGCUCCGAUGGCAACAUUGAGCUGACAAUCACAGGGAUGACCUGCGCGUCCUGUGUCCACAACAUAGAGUCCAAACUCACGAGGACAAAUGGCAUCACUUAUGCCUCCGUUGCCCUUGCCACCAGCAAAGCCCUUGUUAAGUUUGACCCGGAAAUUAUCGGUCCACGGGAUAUUAUCAAAAUUAUUGAGGAAAUUGGCUUUCAUGCUUCCCUGGCCCAGAGAAAGCCCAACGCUCAUCACUUGGACCACAAGAUGGAAAUAAAGCAAUGGAAGAAGUCUUUCCUGUGCAGCCUGGUGUUUGGCAUCCCUGUCAUGGCCUUAAUGAUCUAUAUGCUGAUACCCAGCAACGAGCCCCACCAGUCCAUGGUCCUGGACCACAACAUCAUUCCAGGACUGUCCAUUCUAAAUCUCAUCUUCUUUAUCUUGUGUACCUUUGUCCAGCUCCUCGGCGGAUGGUACUUCUACGUUCAGGCCUACAAAUCUCUGAGACACAGGUCAGCCAACAUGGACGUGCUCAUCGUCCUGGCCACGAGCAUUGCUUACGUCUAUUCUCUGGUCAUCCUGGUGGUUGCUGUGGCUGAGAAGGCGGAGAGGAGCCCUGUGACAUUCUUCGACACGCCCCCCAUGCUCUUCGUGUUCAUUGCCCUGGGCCGGUGGCUGGAACACUUGGCAAAGAGCAAAACCUCAGAAGCCCUGGCUAAACUCAUGUCUCUCCAAGCCACAGAAGCCACCGUUGUGACCCUUGGUGAGGACAAUUUAAUCAUCAGGGAGGAGCAAGUCCCCAUGGAGCUGGUGCAGCGGGGCGAUAUCGUCAAGGUGGUCCCUGGGGGAAAGUUUCCAGUGGACGGGAAAGUCCUGGAAGGCAAUACCAUGGCUGAUGAGUCCCUUAUCACGGGAGAAGCCAUGCCAGUCACUAAGAAACCUGGAAGCACUGUAAUUGCGGGGUCUAUAAAUGCACAUGGCUCUGUGCUCAUUAAAGCCACCCACGUGGGCAAUGACACCACUUUGGCUCAGAUUGUGAAACUGGUGGAAGAGGCUCAGAUGUCAAAGAACCCCAACAAGCACAUCUCCCAGACGGAGGUGAUCAUCCGGUUUGCGUUCCAGACGUCCAUCACGGUGCUGUGCAUUGCCUGCCCCUGCUCCCUGGGGCUGGCCACGCCCACGGCUGUCAUGGUGGGCACCGGGGUGGCCGCGCAGAACGGCAUCCUCAUCAAGGGAGGCAAGCCCCUGGAGAUGGCGCACAAGAUAAAGACUGUGAUGUUUGACAAGACUGGCACCAUUACCCAUGGCGUCCCCAGGGUCAUGCGGGUGCUCCUGCUGGGAGAUGUGGCCACACUGCCCCUCAGGAAGGUUCUGGCUGUGGUGGGGACUGCGGAGGCCAGCAGUGAACACCCCUUGGGCGUGGCAGUCACCAAAUACUGUAAAGAGGAACUUGGAACAGAGACCUUGGGAUACUGCACGGACUUCCAGGCAGUGCCAGGCUGUGGAAUUGGGUGCAAAGUCAGCAACGUGGAAGGCAUCCUGGCCCACAGUGAGCGCCCUUUGAGUGCACCGGCCAGUCACCUGAAUGAGGCUGGCAGCCUUCCUGCAGAAAAAGAUGCAGCCCCCCAGACCUUCUCUGUGCUGAUUGGAAACCGUGAGUGGCUGAGGCGCAACGGUUUAACCAUUUCUAGCGACGUCAGUGACGCUAUGACAGACCACGAGAUGAAAGGACAGACGGCCAUCCUGGUGGCUAUUGACGGUGUGCUCUGUGGGAUGAUCGCUAUCGCAGACGCUGUCAAGCAGGAGGCUGCCCUGGCUGUCCACACGCUGCAAAGCAUGGGUGUGGACGUGGUUCUGAUCACGGGGGACAACCGGAAGACAGCCAGAGCCAUUGCCACCCAGGUUGGCAUCAACAAAGUCUUUGCAGAGGUGCUGCCUUCGCACAAGGUGGCCAAGGUCCAGGAGCUCCAGAAUAAAGGGAAGAAAGUCGCCAUGGUGGGGGAUGGGGUCAAUGACUCCCCGGCCUUGGCCCAGGCAGACAUGGGUGUCGCCAUUGGCACCGGCACGGAUGUGGCCAUCGAGGCAGCCGACGUCGUCCUUAUCAGAAAUGAUUUGCUGGAUGUGGUAGCUAGCAUUCACCUUUCCAAGAGGACUGUCCGAAGGAUACGCAUCAACCUGGUCCUGGCACUGAUUUAUAACCUGGUUGGGAUACCCAUUGCGGCAGGUGUCUUCAUGCCCAUCGGCAUUGUGCUGCAGCCCUGGAUGGGCUCAGCGGCCAUGGCGGCCUCCUCUGUGUCUGUGGUGCUCUCAUCCCUGCAGCUCAAGUGCUAUAAGAAGCCUGACCUGGAGAGGUAUGAGGCACAGGCGCAUGGCCACAUGAAGCCCCUGACAGCAUCCCAGGUCAGUGUGCACAUAGGCAUGGAUGACAGGCGGCGGGACUCCCCCAGGGCCACACCAUGGGACCAGGUCAGCUAUGUCAGCCAGGUGUCGCUGUCCUCCCUGACGUCCGACAAGCCAUCUCGGCACAGCACUGCAGCGGACGAUGGUGGGGACAAGUGGUCUCUGCUCCUGAAUGACAAGGAUGAGGAGCAGUACAUCUGAUGACUUCAGGCGGGCGGGCCGGGGCAGGGACUUGCCUCCACUCACCACAAGCUGAGCAGGACAGCCAGCAGCAGGAUGGGCUGAGCUAGCCUCCAGCUUUGGGGACUUCCACUCCCUGGAUAUGUCCAGUCAUCCUGCCCUGCAGCACGCGGCCUUGUCUGGGUGCAGCUGGGCUUGGCCUGGAGAGGACGGCCCUGCCUGCCUCUUGGCCUCACAGGACCGUCAGCAUGGGCUUUGUCUUGGACUCUAGUCCUUGGCUGGACUGUAGAAGGUGAGAGGCAAGUCACCCUCCUCACAGACCUCUGCUUGGAGUAUUUAGGAUGACUGCUAUGAAAUGGAGAACAGUUUCAUCAUGACCAAAAAACCUCACUGGGCCUCUCCAGAGAACUGCAGACCUCACUGUCAGGCUCUUUCUGAUGACGCGUGUCUGUGUGCAUCGUGUUUCUGAGACCACAGUUUACCUCAGGUGUGCCUGUUGCUUUCUUCCUGCACAGUCUGUUCCUUUUCUCUCCUGUGUGCUUGUCAGUGGGGACCCCUCGCAACCCUGCCUGUCACCUGGGAGGGUGGGACCAAUGUCCUUGUGGUCUUUGCUGCUGCUCUCAGGUGCUUCUCCAAUGCUCUGGAGUGUGCAUUUCAGCUUGAACCUGCUUCCUGGCUUGCACAUCCCCAGCCAGGGAGCUUGCCACACUCUUCUUCAAGUUGAGGAGAGUUCUUUUUUGCUUAAAGCCCCCUUCUCCAUGGAGUGGUGGCUUCUCAGUAGAGUGUUGUUGCUGACCAGCUGGAGUGAGGGUCUCAGGGCCUGACCUGAGAGUCCAGACUCGGCUUCCUGUGGGGUCUAGGUUCUCGCGAUUCAGGACGUCCUUCCAUAUCCCUGCCCAGCCUGUGGUGCUUGAAACAUUUGCCCCAUGGGAGACGUAUGUGUGCAGGAGCCUCCCUGCACGGCCCAAGGGGCUUUGUUUUCAGUCUUCUGACUGUCACCUCAUGGGGUUCAGUAGAGAAUUCAUGUCACUAGCGCCUGGCCUUGUGUGGCUUGGAGGAAAUGGUACUGCCCAAAUAGGAGGGAAACACAGCCUCCCUGAGCCUGCAUUCUGCACGCUGCCCAGGAGCUUCAGAAAAGGAGUGGCCACAGCACCCCAAAGGGAGCAUCUGUUUACCUGGCAGUGGCUCUCAGAGCAGCAGAACGGGUUCAGUUUUAGACUCUGAAGUUGGUUGUGAUUGACAGAACCCCUUGGGAGCAAACUAGUAGAGUUGGAUUAAAUUCUGGGUGAAACCCUUUUCUCCCACACAAAAUAGUUUUAGUGAUUUUUUUCAGUGUCCAUUACUUGCCAGGGGCAGUUUUAGCAGCACUUUUGAUAGAUUACGUCUAAUCCUCCCAACUAACCAGCAAGGUAGCUGUUACUGUCCACAUUUUACAGGCAAGGAAACAGGCUCUAAGAGGCUGAGGACUUUGCCCAGGAUGACAUAGCCAAUGGACAAGCUGUGUCUGUCAGCUGUGAAGGCUUCACUCUAAUUGUCCUUCUACCUUGAAUAGACGUUUUCCUGAUAAGAAUAAACAAGGAAAAGGUCUUUGCCUCCUGGAAGAACAAAUCUACCAGGUGAUCUAUUCAUUGUUUCAACUCAGAAUGCACUUGAUUCAGGAGGUCAUCUGACCUUCACCUUGGAUGGUUAGUUUCACUUUUUACAUAUAGUUUUUGCAGGGUUUUAUUUUACAAAAUCCAAGCGAGCGGCUGAUUGUGUUUUCGUUGUUUUCAGCCCCCCACUCCAGCCCGCAGCACGUUUCCGCUAUCCGUCAGUAAUUGUGUCCUCUCUUUAUGCUUGCUUGGGGAAUGUUGUUUUCUGACUAGGUCAUUAUCUAAAUUCUUUAGGUCAUUAUCUAAAGAAUCUAAUUCUGUUGAUUUUUAAAACUUUUAGGACCAUAAACAUUGUGUUCAUAUAUGGACAUGGAAAUAUUUAUAUAAUUUUAUAGAAAAUAACCUUUUAGAUGGUCAAAGUGUAAGGAAUUUUUUUGUCAGAUAAUCAUUUCUACUUCAAAAACAUUUCAUGCAACAUUAGAAUAAAGUUCCUGUCAUUCCUCCAGAAAUCUGCCUGUGAGUGAGAUGCGUGGUCAGAGGCCAGUGCCGUCCUGUCUUCACGAGGGCUUCUGUGAGGCACUGGCUUGGCUUCAUGUCUUUUUAGGGGGCAGAGGAGGAUAGGAUUUUAACAGCAGGGGAAAUGAGGGUGGGCAGAGCCCCCUUGAUCUGCCAUCCCCAGCACUGGCGUGAGUCCCUUUCUCUAAUGCAGGCCUGCUUCAGCGGAGUGUGGGGAGAAUGCUGAAAGGCAGCUCCUGUCAAAGUCCCUGCCCCGCUGGAUCGGACACAGGCUUAAAUUACUGCAGCGUUUGCACCCCUCUGUUCUAGGGCGAGUGUCUGCAGAAGGCUGUUCUCAAACACAUCUCAAUCAGGAGGGAUAUGUUGUGGGUUCCUUGGCCUUGAAGGAGUGGGUCAGGAGGAGGAGCAGAAAAAUCUUGACUAGUAGGCUCUGCUGGGAAAGCUCUGUGGGCAUCUUGGGGUGGCCGGGGGGUGUAAGUGAGCCACACCUGAAGGGAGUUGACAGUGUAAUCUUCACCCACACCAGGACACUUUGAAGAGUGGAAGGAGGCACUAUGAAUAGUUAUGCCAGGACAACUGGCCUAAACCGGGACUAUCCAGGCAAACUGGGACGAGCACUCACCUUCCUUCAAAGGGAAAUAGACAUUGUGACGUCUCCAUUGACACAGACUACAUACUUUAGAACCUUGCCUGAUCAUAGGUUCCAGAGACAUGCUGGUGGCGUAGUCCUUUAUCAUAUUUCAAGGUUCCCCCCCAUAUCCACAUCUUGGUACCUACACAUCUCUGUCAAAUCAUUGAGGUGAUUAUCUCAUGGCUCAAUGUGACUGCAUAGCUAGAUUGCCAGCCCCGCCCCCCAGCAUACCCUGGAGGACUUCGUGCCAUGCGUGCUUGACUGUUUUUCCGGAUGCCUGGGUACACAAAUUUCAUGUUGUGUACAUGUCCCAUUGUGAAAAGUGAGGGUGAUACCACCUUAGGAAGGGAUCCCAUUUCUUUAGAAGAUAGAUUCUUUCUUUUUUUUUUUUUGUUAUACUUUAAGUUCUAGGUACAUGUGCAGAGCAUGCAGGUUUGUUACAUGGUUAUACAUGUGCCAUGGUGGUUUGCUGCACCCGUCAACCCAUCAUCUACAUUAGGUAUUUCUCCUAAUGCUUUCCCUCCCCUAACCCCUCACCCCUCAACAGGCCCCAGUGUGUGAUGUUCCCAUCCCUGUGUCCAUGUGUUCUCAUUGUUCAUCUCCCACUUACGAGUGAGAAUGUGUGGUGUUUGGUUUUCUGUUCUUGUGUUAGUUUGCUGAGAAUGAUGGUUUCUAGCUUCAUCCAUGUCCCUGCAAAGGACAUCAACUCAUCCUUUUUUUUUUUUUUUUUUUGAGACGAACUCAUCCUUUUUUAUGGCUACAUAGCAUUCCAUGGUGUACAUGAGCCACAUUUUCUUUAGUCUAUCAUUGAUGGGCAUUUGAGUUGGUUCCAAGCCUUUACUAUUGUGAACAGUGCUGCAAUAAACAUAGUGUCCAUGUGUCUUUAUAGUAGAAUGAUUUAUAAUCCUUUGGAUACUUUCUAAAACUUGAUCACAUUUUCCUGAUAUAUUCCUCAGGCAGAAUAAAUCACAGCAUUCCAAAUAACUUUUAGUCUUUUAAGACCUUAGUGAAGAAUUGUGAUGGGAUUACCUUUUUAAUAAACAAAUGCAGUAAUUCUCAUUUUUUUUCAAAAAUGACAUCUGGAAAUUGACAUGUUAGAAAAUAGAUUCUCAAAUUAUUCUGCUAGAUUACCAAGGAAUCAAGAUUAAUAAAUAAAAACUUUUUUAUUGAAGAUUAAAAAUAAAAACUUAUUUUUUAUAAAUCUAGCAUAGACCAAAAUCAGCCAAUCAAAUAGUUUAAUUAGAAAGAGAUUAUUUGAAUUGCAGGGGUUUUUUUUUGCUCUAAAAAAUUAUGACGGUGUUUUAGUAGGUAAAUUUCCUAAUGUGUAUACAAUUGAGUUAGACAAUUUUUAUUUGCAUACAUUUUUCUUAAUUGCAUCUUUGUUUUAAAAAAAAACAAGGAACGUAUGUGCAAAGAAAUGCUUCAAGCAGCCACUUAUGCUGACAGUCAGUUUCCCUUUGCAGAUUACCUUGAUGUGUGAGGAAGCUGAUUUGGUAUUGGAAAGUAUUGUGGAGCUAGGAGGAAUCAAACUGCUCUAUUUUCUUCAUUUUCAAACUCACCUUGGGCAGGCACGUAAACACCAUUGUGCAGGCUUUCAUUCCAGAGGGAGAUGUCUACUUUGCUGUUUUUCUUUGUGUGAAGACAAUGACAGUGGUUGAAAUUACAGGAUAGAAUAUGAGAAUGCCAAGUAAUGCUGUGAAAUCCCAGAAUCUCCUUUAUUCAGGAAGAUGAAUAAACAGAGAUGUAAAACCAUCUAAGGGCUAAAAUGAAAAGAAUUAAUGGAAAUUUAACAUUUUUGCCAUUUGAAAUGGAGAUGGCUAUUAACUGUUCUCAAUUUAAACAUAAUAACUGCUUAUAGCAAAAAAUUAAGCAUAUAGAAAUAUAGAAAGUGGGGGAGAAAGGCAAAUCCUCCCUAGCCUCAAAAGGAAAGCCAGUGAACAUGACUUCAUGGAGGGAUGUCCUUUGUGGAUGGACCACAUUGGGACAUGGAGGGAGCAAAGCCUUCCUUCUCCUUGUUGACCAACACCUGACCAAGUGGCAGCCAUCUGAGACAGAGGUGCUGCAGUGGCCUCAGAGAGGCCUGUUGAGAGCAGAUCCAGGUCCUGGUCAGGUCAGGGGACAGACAAUGCUCAGAUACCUCCAGGCUGCUGAGUGCUGGGUGCCUGGGCAGGUUCUGUCACUCAUCUUGCCUGUCUGACCAUCCUCACAGUGGCACUAAGAGCUAUUUGCAUAACUGUCCCAUUUCCACAGACGGGACCAAGCCUCAGGUUGUUCAGCUGACUGUCCAGGACACAGAAGGGGCGUUCAAACCCAUUUGGCAUUGGCACUAAAGCCUGUAAUCUAUUAUGCUCCCUCUGGAAAGCUCCCUCUUCCUCCCAAAGGUGAAUGCUGGUGCUUUCCUUAGGAGGAGAAUCUGUGCUUCCUCAGCAUCCCUUGGUCCCCUUACGUGGACAAGAAAGGUGUCCUUUGGCAGGACAGUGUGGCUUAUCUCAAGAGCCACCCUGUGUCUAUCUGACCAAAACAACCUCCUAGUCUGCAGCUAGAGCCAAUUUAAUCAUUUUUAUAUGCAUCUGGAAAUGCAAGUAUCAGAAGGAAAACAUGGGAGAAGGGGAAGAGCACGAGGCUGGAGGUUAGCUCUGCCACUGGAUACCUCCAUGCUACAAUAUAUGCAACACCUGUACUUGCAGCCCAGGGUUUUAGAGCCUCAGACAUGCAUUUAGUGCAGAGUGCAUGUUAGGAUGACUCGACAGUCAACGUAUUUCUUUUUAUCGUCAUGUGCAUCUGAGCUUCAUGUUAAAUAUUCUUGCAAGUUUAUAUAACUUUUUUUUUUUUUUUGAGAUGGAGUCUCACUCUGUCCCCAGACAGGAGUGCAGUGGCACAAUCUCAGCUCACUGCAACCUCCGCCUCCCAGGUUCAAGUGAUUCUCCUGCCUCAGCCUCCCAAGUAGCUGGAACUACAGGCAUGCACCACCAUACCCAGCUAAUUUUUGUAUUUUCAGUAGAGACGGGGUUUAACCAUGUUGGUCAGGAUGGUCUCAAUCUCCUGACCUCGUGAUCCGCUCAUCUUGGCCUCCCAAAGUGCUGGGAUUACAGGCGUGAGCCACCACACCCGGCCUGGAUAACUUUUUUUAAGGCUUGAACAUUUUUUAAAAGAAAAGGUUUUUAAAGGGCUCACAGUAUUUUUGAUGGCUCCAAAGCUCCAUGUUCUGCCUCCUGUGUCUGGGUCUACAGGACUCCACCUCAAACCCCUGGACAGAAAUCUGUCUUCAGCAGUUGAUUACAAAGCUAGUACCCUGGUAGCUUAGAAAAUAGAUCCUCACCAAAGCCCCGGGGGCCACUUUACAAACUGCUCCGGACCUCUGUUUUCUCAUCUGUUUGAUAAGAACUGCUGUCGUUACUGCCUUGAGCUAGGAGGAUGGAAGGGGCAGUCCACAGGAAACCCGCACACAAGUGCAAGGUACGCAGUGGCCACAGGCGAUCUCAACAGGCAGUGAAUGUGUCAUGCCGUCUCCCUCAGAUCAUCCUACCUCUUCGCAAUUGAGUGCAGUCGGGGCCUCAGCCUUCUCGUCUGCACAAAUGGGGAUAAUAAUACUUCCUGUCUCACAGCACUGCCAUGAGGGUAUGAUGAGGUCGUCUGAGUAAAGCACUUAGAAUAGUGCCUGACACAUCCGGAGUGCUCAAGAAAUGCUAGUGGCUGUUGUCAUCGUUGCUGUUAAGAGUGAUGAUGUCUGUAUUCUAGGAAAAAAAAAAACCAAAAAAAAAAAAACACCUCAGCCUUUGUUCCCGGAGCAGGUAAAAGCCAUCUUUCUAUAUUGGGCCAAAGGAAGUUCCUAUUUUGGGGUCUGCUGCUAAGACUUAGUGGACUGAUAACAAAAGUUUGCCUUUAAAAAGAGCUGCAUUUGUCCAGUUACUGGACACCAGGCCAGACCCCCAGUUCUCUUGUUUCUUGGUGGUCUUUGCAUGUGUCUUCCACCUCAGUGUGCCCUGGGUCUAGUGGAAGACCACGGAAUGUAGGGGAGGUUAACAGCACUGGCCUUGGAGUUGGGCAGACCUGAGUUCCAAACCCGACUGUACCCCUUAAGGAAGUCACUCACCAUUCUGGGCUUCUGAAUCGGUGUAAAAUGAGUUCACUGCUG